UUUGGGUUGAAACAGAGCACCCACGAAAAUCUUGUCCACGGCCCCUCAUUCCCCGCACCAACGCGUUCCCCUUUACCUCGCCGCCGGCGCCGCCGCGCCGUCGCGCCGCCAUGCUCCUCCGAUGCCGCGCCCUCUCCCAGCUCCUCUCGGCCCCCUCCGCCUCUCCCAUCUCCCAGCUCCUCGGCUACCACAGCCGCCUCCUCUCAGCGGCCGUGCCCGUCGGUCCCCCAAACCCUAGCUUCGCCGUCGAGGACUACCUCGUCUCCACCUGCGGCCUCACCCGACCCCAGGCCCUCCAGGCCUCCCCCAAGUUCUCCCACCUCAAGUCCCCCUCCAAGCCCGACGCCGUCCUCGCCUUCCUCGCCGGCCUCGGCCUCUCCGGCGCCGACGUGGCCGCCGUCGUCGCCAGGGACCCCCGGUUCCUUUGCGCCGGCGUGGGGACAAUACUGGCCCCCAACGUCGCCGCGCUCACCGGCAUCGGUCUCUCGCGCUCUGACAUCGCGCGCCUCGUCUUGGUCGCCGGCAACCAGUUCCGCCGUAGAUCCAUCGUCACCAAUCUACACUACUGCCUGUGCAUCUUCGGGUCCUACGAGAAUCUCCUCACUGCUAUCAAGCGCAAAUCCUACAUUCUCAUGUCCGACCUCGAGAGGGUGGUCAAGCCCAACGUUGCGCUCCUGCGAGAGUUCGGGCUUGGUCCUUGUGAUAUUGCCAAGCUGUGCGUCGCCCACCCAUGGCUGCUCACCUGCAACGUAGAGCGUAUCCGGGCGACGGUGUUGCGUGUCGAUGUUCUGGGUAUACCCCGAUGGUCUGGGAUGUUUUGGCAUGCGAUGGGUGCUGUUGCAUUCGUCAGCGAGGAGAAAAUUGCUGCCGCAGUGGAGCACUUGAAGAAAAUGUUCAGGUGGUCAGAUGCUGAGGUGGGCAUUGCUAUUUCCAAGGCUCCAAAUGUGCUGAAUAAGACUAAGGAGUCUCUGCAGAGAAGGUCAGAGUUCCUAAUCUCUGAUUUGGGGUUGGAACCCGCAUACAUUGCUCAUCGCUCGGUAAUGCUCUUGUACAGCCUGGAGGGCCGGCUAAGGCCCCGGAGCUAUGUCGUGAAGUUUCUUAAGGCAAAUGGAUUGCUAGAUCCCGGCCGGGACUUGUAUACCGCAGUCACACUGAGUGAGAAGGUAUUCAUGGAGAAGUUCAUAUGCCCUCACAAGGAAGCUGCACCCCACCUUGCUGAAGAUUAUGCAGCAGCUUGCAGAGGGGAAUUGACGGCUAGAUUCAGAUUAAAUGAAGCAGGGAUGGGCCAUGGAAAUUGAUAACUGUGUAUGACAUGACAGUUUUCAGCAUUCCUAGUGUUGCUUUCUUUCUACGGGGAGAAGAUGUUGGAUGCAGACGCGAACCGCCUGAAUGAUGAUGCAGAGGAUCGGCCUCGCUUCGGAGCGCACACACUGCAAACCAGUCAGGUUCCAAUGUCAUUGAUCUCUGCAUCCACUGACAUCAUCAUUCAGGUGUCACCAUAAUAACUCUCCUACACUGAAGACAGAUCACUCACUGACUCGGAAGACAGCAGCACUGCAUUGCAUCCUCUUCUAUUCUUUCUUCUGAUUGUUGUGGUUGCUCACAAAGUUAUCUUUCAGAUUAUCGCUUUCAGUGCAACCCGGAGUAGAUUAAUUAAUUUGGACUGUGUGAUUCUGUGAUGGGCUCAACUCGUACUCUUGGUGCUGUAAAACAAUCUUGUUCCACCCAGCAUUUCUUGGUCUGUGGUGGGCUCAAAUCUUGAGCCUCUUUUUCAUCUGAAAGACACCCAGCAUUUCUACCCAACAUCUGAAAGACACCUACAGUGAAGUUUUGUUU